AUGAGGCUGUGGCUGCUCUUCCUCGGCUCGGCGAGCUCACUUGCGGCAGCCGAGUAUGUCUUCAGCGACAGCGCAGAUUCCGUCGGUGCUCACUCGCAAAGCUAUCCCCUGACGACUUGCAAUGGUCUCACAAUCGGCAGCACAACCUCGAGCAUUGAAGUUCCUAGUAGCUUGGUCACAGUGUGCAUCUACCGCGCAAGCCUCGAUGAGACCGUCCACGACUCACCGCCCAGCAUCGUAACUUGGCAGCGCAGUAUCAGCCAUGGCCUCGAUACAGCUUUACGGCAGCAGACGCGCAUCGCACAGACCGUGUUCAGCAAAAGACUGCCUCUGGAGACUCAGCUCGAGGUAUUGCAUCAGGCAGGCGAUCGACAUACUAUCGUACUGAGUCUGCCUAGCUGGCUCCUCCCUCGGAUAGAUGAGCUCUUGCCAUCAGACGCCAAAGUGACGCUCGUAUCAUCUACGCCCCUCGAGGCAGUGCCCAAGCAUGCCAUAGAGCGGCUUGAGCAGCUCACUGCAUCAUUGAGAUUCUCGCCCAAGUAUGAUGCCGCCCUCUCGAGUAUGUCAGAAGUCGAUAUCGCCGCAGAUCUCGCCGUCCUGACUGGUCAACGGCCCGACGCGCCGUGGAUCACGCGACACUCGUACACGUCUGGCGCGAGGCAGGCUGCGCACUGGCUCAGGAAGCAGAUAGAGCAGGAUGAGCGUGCCAAUUGCACUUUUGAGCAUUUCAGAGCCGCCUUCGCGCCCAACGUCAUCUGCCGCUUCACGGGACGCAAGUCCGGCAGCAAGGUCGUCAUCCUCAGUGCUCAUCUCGACUCGCGGGGUACUUUUGGCGAGGUAAGGGCGCCAGGAGCAGACGAUGAUGGCUCGGGCACCGGGGGCAUACUUGCUGUCGCACGGGCAAUACGCAACUAUGUCGAAUCGUUCGAACACGACGUCAUGCUCUGUCUCUUCGCCGGCGAAGAACAGGGUCUCGUUGGCUCGCGAGCUUUCGCGCCCCAGGUGAGAGCAGCAGGUCUGGAUGUCAUCAUCAUGCUUCAGUCGGAUAUGAUAGCCUACCGAAAGCCAGGCGAGCCACUCCAGCUCGGCUUUCCCGCAGACGGUACGGCUACCGCUGCAGCAACUGACCUCGUCAGCAACAUCAGCAGCAUGUAUGCGCCACAAUUACGUGUUGGCCCAACAAGAGCCUGCUGUUCCGACCAUCAAUCAUUCUUCGAGCAAGGCCUAGCGAGCACGCAGCUUUUCGAACGUGCAGGCGAUAUCGCCUUGCCUGUGUACCACGAUUCCCACGAUCUCACGACGCAAAAGGGUUACGACUUCUAUCAGCUCAAGAGCAUUGCCCAAGUCAUGCUUGCGACGGUGCUUGUGACUGGCAAUGCUACCAUUGUAUGA